AUGCCAAGUUUACGAAAAAAAGUUGCUGGCUUUAUGCGGCAACUGUCAAUCAGUAACUUGGCAGGAGCUGUAGAAAAUAUAGGUCAAGGUGAACAAACCUUGUGUAGCCCUAGAUCAUUAACACAAGAUUUUACAAGUGGUUGCUUUAUUACACGAUACCUUGAUGGUCUAGAGACAAAACAGGAAGGACCAACAAUUGUGCAUGGUAGAGAUCCGGAAGAAUUGCCAAUUAGACAACUUGGAAGUUUUCAAGAAGACAAAAAUGUAAUCGCUGCCUACACUGGUCCUGAUAGUGGACUUACAGCUGUUAAUGUACAACAAAAACAUUUAAGUAUUAAUGACGUUGACAUAGAUUACAUUGAUAUGUUAGAUCAAGGUGAACAAUAUAGAAAUACAUCUGCAACUACAACACCCACGAUUGCUGGUAUUGUUGAUUGGUUUCAUCCUUGUGAAACAGCAUAUGGAAUUGCGACUACAUUAUAUGAAAAGAACCCUACAAAUAAUACAAAUAAUGGGGAACCAAUUGCAGACUGUUUUGGCAUUGUAGCAAGAGGAAACUCAUCUAUUUUAGCACUUGCUGAUGGUGUUAAUUGGGGUACCAAAGCAAGUAUUGCAGCUAGAUCUGCUAUACAUGGAAGUAUGGAAUACUUGAAUACAGCACUCUUUUGCCCUUCAGUUAACAAUGAAAUAACAACAACGAAAGAUGUUUUUAUAGCUUUACUUCGUUCAUUCCAUGCUGCACAUUCAUUAAUUCUACAGGAGCAAGGAAUGCUCACAACAUUAACUGUAUGUGCAGUUCUUCCACUGCCAAAUUCUGAGACCAAUACAGAUCAGAAAAAAUAUGUGGCUUGUACCUGUAAUGUUGGUGACAGUUUAGCUUAUGUAUAUUCAAGGAAAACUGGUGUAAGAGAAAUAACAAGAGGUUCUCAUGAUAUUCAUUGUAUGCGCGACAUGCGCGAUGCUCUUGGAGCUUUAGGACCUGUAGAUGGAUGCAAUCCGGAAUUAAAUAAUUUAACGCUUGCAAUGACAGAGGUUGAGAAUGAAGACAUUGUAUUUUUAACUAGCGAUGGAAUUUCUGACAAUUUUGAUCCAGUAGUUGGAAAAUUUGCUGUCUUACCAUGCCAUAAUAGUGUACCUGAUUCAACUGUGAAAAAUCAUGCCGAAGGAAGGUCGAAAACCCGUCGAAAAUCAGCAGAAAAUUUGAGACAUGCGGAUUCUGGUAAUAGUAAUAAAAAUAAAUCUAAUUUGCCGGUAGUCGAGGCUUAUCAAAGACACGAAUUAACGCUUCUGAGGAUGGAGGAUUUGUUACGAAGAGGUGUGUCUGGAGAAGGUCCACCAUGUAACAGUGCCAAACAUCUUUGUGAACUUCUUUUGGAUUUUGCAGUGCGCAUAACUGCUGCCAAAAGACGAAUAUUGGAAGAUACAGAUUUAUAUUACGCACAAAGUAAAGACGGCCAUUUAGUCCAACUUUCCAAACAAGAACAGAGAACUCGGCGAAUAAAGACAUUGGACAAGGUUUCCAUGAUUCCUGGAAAGUUAGAUCAUGCAACAGUUGUAGCAUAUGUAGUUGGAACAUUUGAUUCAAAAUAUGGUUUAUAA